AUGGAAAGCAAUGGCAGCCACGCCAAGGACAGGAAGCCCGACGGCGACGCAAAGUCCAAGGACAACACCCCUACGGCCUCGACUACCACCACAACCACGCCUCCCGAGAAUCCCAAUAAGAGCCCUAAGAAGAGGCGCAAGGUAAACCAUGCUUGUGUAUACUGUCGCCGAUCUGAGAGGCCUUGUACGAGAUGCAUCAAGCGCAAUAUUGGCCACCUCUGCCACGACGAGCCCCGGGACCCGGAUUUUAAGAAGUCCAAGAGCUCCCGUGGCUCGGCUGGGCACGACGAAUCGGAGAUCCAGCCCGAGCUAUUGCAACAUUCGAUAGAUCAGAGCGCUGCUGGCAUGGCACCACCACCGUCGUUUGACGGGAACGGAGCUUCUCAGAGGGCCAAGCCAGGUUAUGGUGCAGGUGCGCUAGGCCAGACAAACCCCCUACAGCUUGUGUCACCGAAUACGGUCUCUGGUAUGCAAGCCGGUGCCUCCGGGAGCAACAUGAGCCAAUUCGGUGGGUUCUCUGACGCUUGGCUAACCGCCCAAAAUCAAUUCCACGAUAUGCACCACUACCACCCUCAAUAUAUGCUUGCCCCAGAAGUCACGCACGAGUUUAACCUGCUCAAUGAUUUCCUGAACACUAGCCUCCUCGAUGACGCCGGGAGCCUAUCGGAAGACCAGAACCUGCUCUUCAGGAACCACCAGCCGCAGUCCAACCAGUCCGAUAUGGCGGGCUACGUGAGCCGCAACAACAGCAGCAUCCUGGCCGCGAGCGCGAUGCAGGCAGGCUCCAUGCCUCCGCCGAGCACGGAGCAGGCGAGCUCCAGCGCCGCCCCGGCGGAUAAGACGCGUGAAUUCUACCUCCAGGCGGCGGAUCCGUCGGGCAACGACACGCCCGAGGCACGCAUGCAGCGCGUGAUGAAGGCCAAGUACGACGCCGGCUUGCUGAAGCCAUUCAACUACAUCAAGGGCUACGCCCGACUCUCGUCGUACAUGGACGGCCACAUCGCCCCUGCCUCGAAGCAGAAGAUCCUGCGGCAGCUAGAUCGCUUUCGACCCAAGUUCCGAGAAAAGGUGCAGGGGCUUACAGACAUCGAGCUGGUCUAUGUGGAGAUGUGGUUUGAGAGGACCCUGCUGGAGUACGACCGGGUCUUCGCGGCCAUGGCGGUCCCGGCUUGCUGCUGGCGAAGGACGGGCGAGAUAUUCAGGGGUAACAAGGAGAUGGCCGAGCUCAUCCACGUACCCGUAGAGAGGCUGCGAGACGGCAAAAUCUCGCUGCACGAAAUCCUGACGGAGGAGUCUCUCGUGCGAUACUGGGAAGAAUUCGGCACCAUCGCGUUCGACGCGACCCACGACACGCUCUUGACGGCGUGUGCGCUGAAGAACCCGGACGAUCGCUCAAAUCACCCGAUUGUGAAUUGUUGCUUUUCGUUUAUGAUACGCAGGGAUGACCAUAAGAUCGAACUGGAGAACAAGAUCCACGCUGUCAAGUCCUACUUCCUCAAGUCUCCCGGCUCGUACCGCCACUCGCAGCUCGAUAGCGCUGGUACCGAUCUUUGGAACUGGUGCGUCCAGAUCCACCGCCAGAGCGAAGGCGAAGCCUCGCCGACAAGGACAAAGCUUUUGGUUUUUUCCCGGGUAUUCUCCUUCCUGGUCCUCGCGCUAGCACAACGGGGCGAUCACAAUACGCCAGGGGAUCUCCUCCGCUUGGAAAAAUUAGCAAUCAAGACCAGCAGAUCUUUGAACGGCGAGCUCCAGUUUGCGCUUCUGACUCUGCAGAAAGCUGCCGAAUACAGUGGGCUGUUGCGGAAUCUCCAAGCGACGCUACCGAAAGAGGAAUCUGACGUCUGUACCAGGCUGGAGGCGGAGUACUUCACGCUUCGGAUAGCGCUGGCCUGGAAGGAGGACCGUCUCGACGUGGCGGACCACCUGUACGGAAAAGUAAACGACCUCAAGCGGGCCAUCGACCCUGUUUCGGCAGAGAAUCUGGUCGACUCUCUCUUUGAGAUUGGACGAGAUCUAGCAACUAAGAAGGACUUCUCCCUAGCAACAAAAUGGCUGGAGAGAGCGUACGAAUCUGUCGAUAGCCAGGCGCUCGAGCAAUUGUCGAGGGAGGCUGCUGAAUUGAGGCUGGCGGUCUCACAGGCGCUCGUCCGCACCUAUCUAAACACCAAUACGCCGGAGGGCUUCGAGAAGGCCGAGAAUCACAUUUGUCACCUCGAAUCCGAGAUCGGCAAUAAGCCGGUCGUUCUCUUACUCAGAUUGGAACUGCUGCUCAGCUCUCCAUCUGAAUCGUUCGACAGCGAAGCGUAUGCCGGCGUCCUGCGGCGGAUGGUGAAAAGUUUCGAUAUCUCAGAGUCGUAUUUCAACCUCGUCCUACAUCACGUACGCAAGCUUGAUGGCAAAAGCCCGAGCGUAGCCUGUUCGGUGCUCGACGAGUUUACGACGUUGCGUGUCCUACCCUCGCAACAUUACACGUGGGUCGAGCGAGUUGCCGUACUUCGCACUCAAAUGGCCACGAGACGCCGGGAUACUCACGAGUCGAUUCAAGGGCUGGCGGCUAUGUUUGACUGCCUCGAGGCCAACUUAGAAACCCCGUUAGCAGCCCCGGCCGUCCUCGCCGUGCAGACAGUUGAACCUGCUCAGCUUAUAUGGAAGAGGGUCGACACCUCCUUUCAUGAAGGGCAGCUGGAUAUCGCCGAAGGUUGGUGCCGAGUGGCUACGCAUCCAGCUCUUCGCAAUUCUGGGCCCGCCAAUGCGGCGAAGAUCGCCAGAAAACUACUCCUCUGCGCCCUGCAGAGGAACAGCCUCGAUAAUGCUGCAGAGGUGCUCCAAUCAAUGAGCGAAUCAGCCAAGCGAGAGCCGACGACUUUGUACCUGACGUAUAAACUGGCCCUCAGGAGUGGAGAUCGGGACAUGGCCUUGGAGUGCCUGCGGCUUAUCAACGAAGGCUCGCCGAAGGACCUGCAAUACCUCUAUGCCUGCUGCAUAGAUGCACAGGAAGCUGAGGACAAAGCAUGCGCGAUCCAAGCAAUGCGGCAUUUAGUCGAGAAAUACGAAUACAGUUCUCCUGGCCCCGUUUACCUACCUGCUCUGCUCCGGGUUAUCAUACGCCUCGAGGCCUCGCUGCUAAACGACCAGGGCCGGAAUGAUCUAAAUCAACAUGUGCUGGUGGAUGACAUUUGCAAAAUCUUCGAAGAUGUCCUUUACAGUGCUCUACGCAAGAUCAUAAACCACAUAUUUUCGCUGGAGCGAUUUGACAACGAGAAACUCGCAAAGUAUCUGCGAUGUCUACUCAAGGCCACACUGGCUUCGGAGCCCGAAUUUCCGCUAAGAAUUGCAGAUGAUAUCUGUAGGCUAGUGAAGCAGUGCGCAGGCGAGGUUGAGUGGUUUGCGACGACGGCAUUCAAUCACGGCGUCGACCUCUUCGGGGUCAACGAAGAUGAGCUCAGUAAACAGUGGAUUGGCCAUGCCCUCACGCUGGCGCAUUACCAUCAGGACGGCGGCGAUUUGGAACGAGAGCUCCAAAAGAGACAGGUCAAUCUCCGGUGGGAUUCCUGA